AAGAAGAAGAGGUCCUGCACUCUUGCGAACAACAUUCGAUUAGGCCCGCGGUUGUGCCCCUACCGCCCCUACCCCGUAGCCGUACGAUGUCAAAGCGCCCACUCACUGGAAGCUAUUGUAAUAGCGCUCCUAACCUGAUAAUUAGUAGGCAUGAGUGGGAGCUUCCACAUUGUACGGAAACCCUUGAAGGCGAGAGGUUUGAAUUCGAUAGCCCGCAAAUGCUUGAGGCAGAAGAAUUAGAUAGAAAAUGGAAAUUAAUCUUGAAAAAAAAGCGCCGUUUUACGAGAACCGAGCUACUAGUAUACCUAGAGCUACUCCACAGUCCCGAAAGCACAAGUGUUAGAGGGAAGUACGCAGUUACUAUUCUGGCUGAAGAUCGCGUCUUAGACAUUAAGUCAAUUUCUUGUUUCGAAGAUUUUGAAAUUUUCAGACCAGUAAUGUUGGCUCGAAUGAGGGUGAAGUGGGGCAGCAUUAUAUCUAAAAGUAUAAAAAUCCAAUUAAAAUUAUCCACAUACUGGGGAAUCAUCAAUGAACAUAAGCGCGUAAAGCGCGGAAAUAACUUAGUCGAAGACCUGAGGCAGCUUUGCAUUAAUGGCGAAUUCGUUGACUACUUUAUUCACGUAGAGACGGAGACCUUUGGUGUGCACAAGAUCAUACUCGCAGCAAGGUCAUCUGUGCUCAAAGAGGUCUUCAACCACCAUCCACAAUCGUAUACGAUUGUUGGAUAUAGUGUUGAAGCAGUUAAGUACCUUGUCCAAUUCUUCUAUUCGGAUUCGUUAGAAAACCCUGAUAUUUCGGUCGCAUUAGAAAUGCUUAAUCUCGCUAAAACAUACGAUUCCAAAUUGCUCCAGGAAAACUUAUCGGAGUAUCUAGGGACAAGGGUAAGUCAUCAGAACGUAGUCGCAUUCAUGCAGGCUGCCUGCAUCACCCAGUGUGAUGACCUUCGUGGGUACAUACGGGAGUUUGUUGCCGCAAACCCCGAAGUAACCCUCUCUGAAGCCUGGCAGGGUAUGGUAGAACAUUGUGCAGGGGUGGGGGCACCCAUCGAAUUUGUUUAGUUAAAUACAGCUGUGUGUAUUAAAAAUUUUUUAAAAUAUUGAAAUUUCAAGAAACCUUCCAAAUUGCAACCACUGUCUUAGUAGUGAUGUUGUACAGCAGUGUCCGUCAGUUUCGAUAAGGGCAUGACCAGACCCGAUCAUGUGGUCAAGGAAUCCAAUGUGGGCCUCUUGCACGACACUCACAGUGGAGAGCUUGUGCUGAAUGGUCGACCGGGCCACUUGCAGUUUCACCUGCCUCUCCAAGACAAACAGCUCCACAACCUUCGUCCUGAACACUAACGUGUACCUGCCUCAUUAUAAGCGAGUGAAUGACCUUCAGUUCCGCACAACCCAAGAGUUGGCACCGCUUGCAGUCACCACCGGACAGGAUGGAAAGUUUCGUUCCUGGGCUUUGUUUGAAGAGGACAUCCCUCAAGGAGACGAGAAGAUGCACAGGAGCCAGUCAUGGAACUGUAUGCAAUCAGGGUCAUACCGAGGUCUACCCUGCGGGCGUGCGGCAUUUAGUCAAGAUGGGUCCCUCUUGGCUCUCACCUUUUGUCAUCUGCUCACAUUGUGGGCGGUUGGAGAAGAACAAGAUGAUGAGGCUCCUCCAGCGAAGUUAUGUGCCUCGUUGAGUGACCCUUCCUCGGAGGAUGAUAUCUCGGCCUUGGAGUUUGGCAGGGACACUGCAGCGCACAUGGUCGUUACUUGUACCUCUUCACGGAUAACGAUCUGGAAUGUAAUCACCCUUUCACUCCACUGGAGCAGGGACUGGACGUUUAGUUGCCUGGCCUCGGACCCUCUAUCGCAACGUAUGGCUGCUUUCAGCGCCGAUGGUUCAGUUCUUCUGUUUGACCCCAAAAGCAUCGUAGACAAGCCUCUCUACGAAGGUGAAAUCACAGAAGAAAAGGGUCGUGCAGCCAGGGCAGCAAUAUUUGUUCCGAGUGGCAACCACGAAACACCAUCUGGGCUCUACUUUCUCAACUGCUUGCAGGAGCUCUAUUCUCUCGAACCACAGGAGGGAGAAGAGGAUGUCCAGAGUGAGCCUUCUACCAUACAUCUUGAAAGUGGAAUGCUGUCAUCAACCCCAUUUGGAGCUCUUGUGGCAGAGCGUACAAAGUUUGCAGUUGUGGAAGAUGGAAAGACGGAAACUUUGCACCACAGCAGACUGGGUGUGUUAGGCUUCAAAGAAGUUCAACAGUUAUUGGACAUGAACUCCCAUACACUUCCAUGGCUGAGCAUCAUGUGCCAGGACUUCAUGGCAUCAUUUCUCAACGGUACCUCCGAAAGUGUUGGAAAAGGAGGGCAUGAAAGCGAAGAACAUGAUGAUUCAAGCUCUGACAUGCAUGUGGAUGAAGUGGAGCAAAAGGUCCGAGACAGCCAGAAUGAGAACACCAGAACUUCAACAACAACUACUACAGUCAAUACUACAGUGUUUGGAAAGCUAGAAGACUUUGGUUGGUUGUCCAAACCUAAAAGAGAAAUCUAGACAUGACCAUGUAUACUAUCUCAUUUUGUUAAAUACAUGAAAUCAUCCAUUUUAAGAAUGUGACA